GUUGACGCAGCGACUCUCUUGAUCAAAUCACACCUCAGCGCGGUCGCCAAUCAACGGCGACGCCCCGUUGAGCUUCCCGUCACCACCUGCACCCGGCCCCAAGAUGGAUGCCCUCCAGCUUAAGGUUGAUUCCAUCCGCGGGGAGGUGGGCGAGAUCAGUAGUGCUUUGAGAGCCUAUCUGGAUCACGGCAUUGCCUCCGGGCGCAAGGUGCAGCCGCCGAAGACGAAGGCGGGCAGGGACCUCUUGCAACACCUGCUCGGCCGCCUCGACCAGGCUUCUACCGGCCUGGCUGAUGUCCACAACCGAGUCUCCCACACCUCACAGUCACCACCAGCAAUUUACGGGCCGGGCACGCCUCCAUCAAUUCAUCCCGUCGCUGGGGCCCAGCAGAUUGCCGCGCCCGCCACUGAACCGGCCGGGCGGCCGAAUGCUCAAACGGACAGCGCCAGCAGAGAAGACCCACCGUCAUCAGUACCUGCGGCUGCAGACGCCGAGCCAGAGCCGGAGCCACCCACCCACGGCCCAGAAGCUCCCUCUGCCGCCAUCGCAAGCCGGGUUCUCGCACCCCAAGACGCCCGCGAGAUCAGGCUGAGCAAUGGGUCUGUUUAUCAGGCUCCGCUGCUGUCCGAACAUGCAGCCCCACUCUUUGACUGCACCUACCAAGACAUCCGCGUCCUGAACGAGGAGUUGUUUGAGCUCUACUCGAGCCACCCUGUCGUGCGAGACCGAGGCUACUUCAAGCUCCAGGUCCGCGAUCUUCCGCCGCUCAACGUGCAGAAGGUGGCUCGCCCGACCAAAGACCAUGCCACCUCAUUCACCUACAAGGCCGACCACCUGGGUUUGGUCAAGGUCGACACCGGCAAAAGGUUCAAGUUUGCCCCGCCAAAUCUACCCCUUCCCGUGAGCGCAAAGACGGAUUGGUCUCUUCAGGAGCAGCAGUAUCUUUGGAAUUCCUCAGCAGCGGACCCGCCCAAAGGGACAUGGCCGUACAUCAUUGGCAAUCCGCUAUUCGACGAUGUCGAGCUUUCUCCUGGCGAGAAGCUCCGGCGCAGGGGCCGCACCAUUCUCGAAGGUAUCAACACUCAGUAUGUCUAUUUCAACCUGACGGGCAAGACUCUCACGACGAUGCACCGAGAGGAUGCCCACGUCCGGUCGGAAAACCUCCUCCGAUCUGGGCAACACAAGUUCUGGUGCUUCGUCAAGCCUGUUCAUUCCAGGAAGCUGGAAGAGAGGUUGGCCUACGAGUACCCCGAGAUGCGUCGCUGUUCGCAGGCUGUGAGGCACCUCAGCCGUCACAUUCCUCCAGCGAAACUGGACGAAUGGGGAAUCGAGUACACGUUGGAUUACUGCGUGCCCGGGCAAGCUGUUGUGACGGAGCCAGGGACAUAUCACCAAGUCUUGAACCUGGGACCCAAUUAUGCUAUCGCCAUUAACAUGGAGUACAAUUCGUCUCCGGACAUGCCUCUGGACUACCGGUUUUGCGACAAACACUGCCCUGACAAGUUUGCCAUGUCUGCCGACGACUUCCGGAUAUAUGAUGAGCCCCCACCGCGACCAGGACAGGAAGACCACGUCCCACGCACUCCUGAGACAACGGGAUCACAGGAGGGACCUGCGGCAGUGCCCAGUGCCGCUGCCCCAUUGCGAGAUGCAGCCACAGGAUCGCUACUGACACCGACAACCCCACCCCCCGAACCGACUGUGCUGGAUAAGGAUGAGCCCGUGAUAGCGCAGCCAGUGCGGCCUGAAAGCCGAUUACAAGUGCCAGCAGUAUCGGGACGACAGGAGCAACAAGCUUGCGCGGAAAGCUCUCUGAGAGCCGAAGCACCUCAGGGGUCGCUACUCGAAGUCAACACCAACACCCUACCGCUGCCACCAGUGCAAUCACCGUACUUGAUACCCUCGAAUCUUACAUCUGAAGGAAGCGUACCCUCCAAGCCUGUCCCUGUUGGCCAAUUCAACCUACCGCCACAGCAGCUGAACUGGGUUCCAGUGUGCCAGCCAUCUGAGUCACAAUCCAAACCACUCGAGUCUCGUCCACCGGAGCCACCGCCAGGCCUACUCCAAGCAGCUGCCGCCGGGCCGAUUCAGGGCCGCAACCUUACUGUCCCAGCAACAAACGGUUUCCCGCAAUCCGUCGCGCAAUCCGCGCAGAUUGUCUCGCCAAUCCAUCCCAUCAUUCCACCGGAACCCGAUCUCCGCCCUUGCAUUCGUUCGUCGUCGGAGACAUUGCCGCCGAUAAGAAAGACGGCGAGGAUGAUCAACCCAGAUCGGGAACCCGACACGCCGACGGAGGGGCCUUCGAAAAAACAGAAGCUAGAACUGGCUACCACUCAGUUUGCCCAAGUCAGCCCUGUGGGUGGUGCAUUUGAACACCUUUCUGCGUUGCUCCGAGGACGUCAGUCCAGCCGACCGGGAAGUUCGGUUGCCGAAAAACUUCGGGGCAAGCCUGCAUUUGAGCGCCUCUCGCGCUUGGUUCGAGAAUGGAGACAAUACACCAAGUCAAGGCCCAUCGUUUUGGGCGGGUUCGAGCUCGUCAAGACAGCCGACGAUACGCUGCAUAGCCACCCGGAAUUGCACACGUUUCUCUCGCGCUUACUCAAAAUGCAGGCAGCGAUGUUCGUCGGGGCCGCGACAGCAGACUCCGGGGACGACUCAGCAGAGGUCUCCAUGAACAGACUGUUGCAGCUGCUGAAGUGGGCUGAAACGGAGCGGCACCGCCUGCAUGAUUACUUGCGCGAAGGCCGGUGCUGGAGGACAAUCUGCGGUGGCUACGACGGCCUGCUGUGCCUCCUGCCUCCUGACCUGGAUUGUUUUGACCUCGCCUUGUUCAAGGACGACCUUGCGGCAUUCCAUUCAGAACUCAACGCAGACUUCGUCCUCAGGUUGUGUGCCGUCGGAAGCGCUUUGCAGAAGUCUAUAUGGGAGUGCCUCGAGCUUCCAGAAUUCAUCUGGGAGAGCACGACCACCACAUGGCUUCCUGAGGACGAUAUCGCUCCGCUGCUGGCACCGUUUCGCCUCCUCAAGUCCAACUUCUUCGACGAAAACUCCGGGUUUGCAUGGCCGCGGCCACCCAGAUGGCCCUGGCACUGGCCGGUGGACCCCAGCGUUGUCAUGCCGGGCGACAGACCAUGCAAUUUCUGCACACGCAAGUCUUGCCGCUGUAUCGAGAUUACAGUCCCCCAAGUCCCUCGCAUAUCCGACGACGGGUCGAAGGGGCCGGGCAUCCGCUCUCUGGGCACACACCGAGCAAACGAGGUCCUGGGCGAGCUGGUUGGCGAGCUGGUGCCGCUGGGCGCCCGCGCCGGCGACUGGACGAUGGCGCUCCGCCGGCCGGAUCUCGACGACGAGGCGGUGGCGGAGAUCUACCCGCGGCGGAUGGGCAACUGGGUGCGCAAAGUCAACCACAGCGCGAACCCAUCUGCCGCUUUCAGGAUGAUGAAGAUUUCUGGUCGGUGGAGGCAGAUGCUUGUGGCGAUAAGGGACAUCGGCGAUGGCGAGGAGAUCACAGCCAAGUACGGCAAGGGCUUCUUUAAGAGGCAGCCCUACUCCGUUGUUGAGGGUCUGCACUGAUCUCCCUUGGGCGGUGUCCCGUCCCAGUCCUCCGGGUUUAAGUGGUGAGUGAACAAAAGCGGGAAAAGAAUGAUCGGAGUGCUGG